AUGAGAAGCUAUAUAGAUGAGACAACUAAGUUGUGCAUAAUUUCUUAUAGGCAUCCAAGUAUCAAAAAGGCUGGUUCAAUUGUCUUCCCUACAUCUCAUUAUGGUUGUUGCAUGAUGCACCUUGGGGAAAAUCUCCGAACCACCUUUCAUAAUUCGAAAGCCGUAUCUCAUUUUUAUAAAGCCGCAAAAGCCUAUAAUAUAGAUGUGUUCAAUAACCAUUUCAAUCAAAUUAGAGAUAUGGUUCCUGGGGCCACCGAACAUCUUCGAAGUGCUGGAUUCCACAGAUGGAGCAGGGAAUUUUGCUUCAGAAAUAAGUAUUUACACAUUACUGUUUCCAACACGUAUAAUCUUAUGACGACAAAUAUUGCUGAGUCGGUGAACGCAAUGUUCAAUGUUGAAAGAGAAUUUUCCAUUAUUGCUCUAUUUGAUUCUAUAAAUAGGAGGUUUACAGAAAAAUUUCAUGAGAGGCUUGCAAGAGUCGAUCUGCAAAGAAGAUCUAGUACUUGUAGAGUUUUUGACCUUGACAAAAUACCUUAUCUACAUGCUAUGGCAACGCUUCGGGUCCAAUAUGGUGAAGACUUUGGAAGGCGAAUUUAUGACUACUCAUCUCCAUAUUAUAAGAUGGAGAAUUACAUAAUUGCAUACUGUGAGGAAAUUUGUCCUAUGCCUUCUAAAGAAUCUUGGGAAGUUCCUAUGGAGAUUUUAGAGAGAGAAAUACCACCUCCACAUGUUGAUCCGAGAAAAUCGGGAAGAAGGAGGACAAAGAGGAGGCGUGGAAUCGGGGAUCAUUUCCAACCAGGAAAAAUAAAUGCUCCAUAUACAAAAGAGCUGGCCACAAAAGAACUACAUGCCCAAAUCGAAAUGCACCAUAGUUGUUAA